CUGAUGCUGGCUGUCGUCGGCUACGUGGGUUGCAACAGCACGGCCGCCAUUGCCCUGCUCUGCGUCGGGACCUUCUUCAACGGCGCCCAAGUGCCCGGGUACAUCUCCAACAUGCAGGACAUCGCGCCCAACCUGGCUGGCACUCUGCUUGGAGCUUCCACGACGGUAGCUUAUAUGCUAUCCAUGUUGUCCCCGAUAGUGGUGGGCGUUCUGACUCCAGACCAGAGUCCAGGGCAGUGGCAGUCCGCUUUCUGGGUAGCAACUGCUGUCUACGUCAGCGCCGCCGUCUUCUUCUGCUUCUGCUGUUCGGCGGAGCUUCAGCAGUGGAACUUCGGGGACAGAGAGGACGCCGAAGCAGGAGGUGCUAAGGAGGAGAGCAAAGUCCUCCUGCAGGAGAGGGAGAAGGGGCGAGUGCCGACCGACGCAGAUGAAGAGGAUGCCAAGAAAAGUGCCUCUUAGAUGGGAUUUUUAAUGAAAAGUUUUUGUGGUUUUAUAUUAAAAGUUUUUUGCGAUUCUUAAUGUUUUUGUGAUUUUAAUGAUUUUUUGGUGAUUUUGUAUUAUUUUUUGUGAUUUUUAAUGAGAAAUUAUUGAGAUUUUUUAUAUGUUUUUUUGCGAUUUUUAAUGAUUUUGUAAUUCGUACUCGUACUUAAAUAUU